AUGGCUCCCACCAAGCCAGAACCCGCCCUCUUGCACGACCAGACCCCUCCUCGGCUAUCAUUUGAGAACAACAACGAGGCCCUCGACACCACCGGCCACACCCGACCGAAGUCUGAAUUCAAUCCCUGCGCCAACGCAAAGAUAUCCAGCCCCUUCUACCUCUACAACCAUGACUCGCCUCGCCCGUCAGAAAACAAACCUCGACCCUCCAUCAAUAUCACCGUACAAGACCUUGAGCAGGGCCUCACGCCCAUGUCAACCAACGCCACACCGGCAGUCAUCCGAGAGAAACAAGGCAGUGUCGACUCGGGCAAGCUCCGCAACGGCUCCUGGCGUCUGAAUCUAGGCAAGAAGCAGAGCCACUGCAUGACCAAACCCAAGGUCUCCAGAUGGAAAGCCAUGUCACAGAAACAGCGGCUGGCCAUCAAACUUGCCUUCGCCGUUCUGCUGAUCGGCUUGAUCAUCGGCCUGGCCGUUGGCUUGACCAAGGCGUUGGGCGGUGGUGUCUGGAAGAGCAACAACUCGACUAGCGAGAUCAACUGA